AAAAAAAAAACACAGGUUAGCCUCAGCUGUGGCUAAUGCUAGAGGAAAAUUGAUCCAAGAAAACGAAACCAAAUCGGUGGAUCUGACCAGGAGUGUGGCCUUUAUUUGGUGCAGGAGAUUUACCUGCAGGUUUGUGAGGUAUCGUUAUGGCUACUGAGGUGCCCAUGGAACAGGGCCCCACCCCUGUAUUACCUCCUGAUCCUGAUCCUAGUCCCCCCCAAGAAGAGAUGGUACUCCAUGGCCAACCGAUAACCUCACCUCCUGAGCCUUCACAAACUUUGGAGCAAGUUACUUCCCUGGGACAGGCUGCACCAGAGCGCCCUCGACAAUGUGACCCACAGCCCACCCUAGUCCAGCUUCUGGCGUCAACUCCUGUCAAUGCUCCUGUCACUUGUCCUGUCUCUGUUCCCAUCUCUGUUCCCAUCUCUGUUUCCCUCUCUGCUCCCGUCUCUGCUCCUGUCUCUGCUCCUAUUUCUGCUCCUAUCACUUCUCCUGUCACGGCCCCUGAUGUAGCUCCUGUCUUGGGCCAUGAUUCAGCCCCUGUCUCCGGCGCUGUUCCUGGUUCACAGGUGCCACCAGCCCCUCUGGUUCCUCCGGCCAGCACCAAGAAUCCUAGCUGCAAGAUCAUGACGUUCAGACCCACUAUGGAGGAAUUCAAGGACUUUUCCAAAUACAUCGUCUACAUGGAAAGUCAAGGAGCUCAUCGUGCUGGCCUGGCAAAGGUAAUUCCUCCCGAAGGAUGGAAACCCCGAAAGAAUUAUGAAACAAUUGAGGACAUGGUAAUUCCAGCUCCCAUCACUCAAGUAGUAACUGGCCAGUCAGGCCUGUUCACACAAUAUAACAUCCAGAAGAAGUCCAUGACGGUUGGUGAAUAUCGCAAACUGGCCAAUAGCAAGAAAUACUGCACUCCUCGCCACAAAGACUUUGACGACCUUGAGAGGAAGUACUGGAAAAACCUCACUUUUGUAUCACCAAUCUAUGGGGCUGAUGUUAGCGGCUCCAUUUAUGAUGAGGAUGUCCAUGAAUGGAACAUUGGUCAUCUAAACACACUACUGGACAUGGUGGAGCAGGAGUGUGGCAUUGUCAUUGAAGGGGUCAAUACGCCUUACCUAUAUUUUGGGAUGUGGAAAACAACAUUUGCUUGGCACACAGAGGACAUGGAUCUCUACAGCAUCAACUACCUACACUUUGGACAACCAAAGUCCUGGUACUCCAUUCCUCCUGAACACGGCAAGAGGCUUGAGAGACUCGCCCAAGGCUUUUUUCCAGGCAGCUCACAAGGCUGUGAUGCCUUCCUUCGCCACAAGAUGACGCUGAUAUCUCCGUCCAUUCUGAAAAAAUAUAGUAUCCCCUUUGACAGGAUCACUCAGAACGAGGGAGAGUUCAUGAUUACUUUUCCCUAUGGUUAUCACGCCGGUUUCAACCACGGCUUCAACUGCGCAGAGUCCACCAACUUUGCCACACUGCGUUGGGUGGAUUAUGGCAAGAUGGCUACACAGUGCACGUGCCGUAAGGACAUGGUGAAGAUCUCCAUGGAUGUGUUUGUGCGCUGCUUGCAGCCUGAGCGCUAUGAGCUGUGGAAACAGGGCAAAGAUACCACAGUGUUGGACCAUCUGAAGCCCACUGAGCUGAACAGCCCUGAGCUGGAGCAAUGGAAGAAGAGCCGCGUGGAGCACAGAGCCAUUGCCCUUCGCAAGGCCAUGCAGAAGAUGAAGCAGUUCAGACGGCUCAAACUGGACGAAGUGAAGCUGCUGGCGGAGGAGGGCAUAGAGCUGGAUGCAGUCAGUUACCAGCGGCAGGUGGAGGAGCGCGAGGCUCAGCGCAGACAGGAGCGUGCUGAUCGGCUGGCCAGAGAGGCUAUGCAAACACUGGAGGCCAUAGAGCUGAAGGAGCAGGAGGCUGCAGCCAAAGCAGCAGAGGAAGCUCUUUACAAUGAUGAAAUUGAGGAGAAGAACCAACUAAAGCAGCAGAGGAAAAUGGCACAUCUCCACAGCGCCAUCACUGGGUUUGAGGAAGAAUUUGCAGCAUUUGCUAAAUCUGGCCUAACAGGUGUCCAGGUGGGGAACACGAUCAAAGAAGAAAAUCAGGAUGUAGAUAUUACUCAGUCAAGUUUCUCCAAAAUAAAAAUGCCCGCAGAGGUGAUGAAGAGCCGGCGUCACCCACUGAGCAAGCCACCGAUGCGAUCGCCCAUGUCCAUCGUCAAACAAGAACCCACCAGUGACAAGGAUCUUCCCUCUCGCACGUCACCAGACGAGGCGAAGAAGCAAGAACCCAUUUGGCAGAACAUCUCACAGAAGGGCUUUAAUGCUGCAGUGGCAGGACUCAGCCCACACUGUGCAAUCUGCGCCAUGUUCUGUCCCUAUGUCAAGAACGGAAAAGACCUAUCAAAAGAGCCUCCAAAAACCAAGGGAAGCAGAACUCGACCCCUUGUUCCUGAAAUGUGUUUUAGCGCUGGAGCCGGGAAUACUGAGCCUCUUCCAACCAACUCCUACAUUGGAGAUGAUGGCACGAGCGUUCUCAUCAGCUGCUCAACUUGCCUCGUACAGGUUCAUGCCAGUUGUUAUGGUGUGAAGCCAGACUCUGUGAGCGAUAACUGGAUCUGCUCCAUGUGUGCAGCAGGUGCUUUCACUGUGGAGUGCUGUCUCUGUAACCUGCGAGGAGGGGCUCUGAAGACUACCACUGACAAUCGGUGGGUCCAUGUGAUCUGUGCCAUAGGUGUGGCCGAGGCUCGCUUUGUCAACGCUCUUGAACGAGAACCGGUCGAUGUCAGCGGUGUUCCUGAAACGCGCAAGAAUCUGAAAUGCGUUUACUGCCUGGGUCAGAAUUUCCAUCAGAACCGCGGAGCUUGUAUCCAGUGUUCCCAUGAGAACUGUGCCACGUCCUUCCACGUCACCUGUGCCCAAAUCGCCGGCGUCAUCAUGAAACCUGCAGACUGGCCCUACGUCGUGUCCGUAACCUGCCACAAGCAUAAAAAGGCACCGCCAAAGCCUCGAGUAGCACCCAAAGGUCCCCAGGGUCCAUCUCUGGGACAGAGGGUGAUUGGGCGCAACGCUGAUGGCUGGUACUAUCACUGUACCAUCAUCGGCAUGGCAACGCAGACAAUGUAUGAGGUCAACUUUGACGACGGUUCAUACUGUGACAACCUGUACCCUGAAAGCAUUCUGAGUCACGACUGUCUGCGUAACGGUCCACCGGAGAGGGGAGAGCUGAUCGUGGUCAGCACAACCGAGGGUCAAGUUUUGAACGCCGCCUUCAUCAGAGAACACAUUCACAAGUUUUACCAGGUGGAGUUUCAGGACCAGAGCCAGCUGAUGCUCAAACAUCACGAAAUCUACAGCCUGGAACAAGACCUGCCUAAACGCGUCCGAACUCGACUUGCUAUACUCUCAACAGAACCCCCCUCUGCACAAGAUGGCAGCACUGCAGCAAAGCGCCGCUGUCUGCCGUCUGGUACAGCCUCUGCCUCCCGCGCAUCAGUCCCUGCCCCCCCUGCCCCACUCUCUGCCCCGGUCCCUGCCCCAAACUACUCCCCAAACUCCACCCCUAUGAUCCCCAUGGAAACAACACAUGCAUCCUCUAAUCCAACAGCAACAGCAGCCUCUACCGCAGUCCCUCAUAGUAUUAACUCAUCAACAGUGACCUCACUCCCUCUGAGGCAGGUCAGCCCUUUGCUGUCCCAGGACGUCCCAGCCCUGUUGCCCCCGGAGAUGUCUGCUCAAACCAAUGGUCUACACAUGAACAGUAUUGGUGCAAUGGACACGAGCGUAGCACUUUCAGACCCUCUCGCAGUGUCACCCCUCACGACUGACCCCACCCUGGGACUGCAGGCCACGCCCUUUCAGUCCACAUUGAACUCUGACCCCCUCCUGUCCACGCCCUCACCCCCCCUGCCCGCUCAGCAUAUGUCCCACAGCUACACAGCCAGCGGCAACUACGUCGCCUACAUGGAGAGCCUUCUCAAUGCAAAUUUCCCUCAGGAAGACGGUGCUGGGCCCUUGUAUUAAACUAAUGUGAGCUAUUGGAGGUUGAAGGAUGGUGCGACGUACGCGCUCGAUCCGGUACAGACACGCUCUUACUGCAUGGACUUGUGUUUAAGUUAAUAUAUUUGAGUGGUGCUUUAACCUGCACUGAUAGGACAAUGCUUUUUUAAGUUCUUCUCUUGGUUGUUUUUCUUAUUUUUAUACUUUUUGUUUCCUUCACACGUGUCAUGACGGGGAGCAAACAUGUCUUCACCAUCAUAAACUCUGGGUGGAAUACCUCUGCAUUUCCUGAACUCCAAACUCUGGAAUUUUUUUUUUGUGAUAUAGAAAACUUAUUAUUUGUUAAUAUUUAAUUCUUUUGAUUUUGUUUUGAGGCAGGAAUCGAAUAACCAGCAGCAAUGAACAUUUUCUGAUUCCUGCCACUCGUGAGCUUCUGAGGCGUCUUCAGUUUAUCUGUCAAGACGACAUAUUUUCUUGCCGGGGUAUAAAAUGGGAUUUAAAAUGUAUUGUAUAGGAAGCUCAGUAUUUCAAUGUCCUAGUCAUAUAUUGAUAUAAUUAUUUGUACUAGAAAAAAAAAACCUGUUGGAUGCAAACACUAGUCUAUUGUCUGCAGAAUGCAUUACAUUUUGUGAAACUGUCACAGUAGUUGAAAUAUGACGGCUUAUGUAUUGAACUAAAAGGCGGCUUCACUUUUUGUACUGGCGUUAGUCUCAGGGUUCCUACAUCAGAGUAAUAAUCCAUACAACUUUUUCUAAGACUACUGCCCAAAUGAAAGCACUGUUUGACCCAUUCUCAUCUGGUCUUAGCACAUAGCAAAUAUCUCUUGGAACUUGUAAAAAUGGCUUAUUGGCAAAACUACGUAGGAGCCCUUACUCAGCAUUUUGUACCAAACUUAUUAUAUGUAAAAAGAUUAUUGUAUUGUAAGUGUUUUAUUUGUAUGACUCUGUUCUUAUCUAUAGUCAUGUUCAUGUUACCACAUGGCUCACCUGAAAUAUUACAGUCUAUAAUUUGAGGUUCACGAAUGUCUUCAAUUGUCAGCAUAACUUUGUACUGCUUUUCAAAGAUCAACACCAUGUAAAUACCACGGGCCAGUAUUGUGAUUCGGAGUCUCUUUUCCCUUUUCUUUCUGUCCUUUCAGCUCAAACAUUGACCCUACUAUUAUUAUGUAUCAAAAUAAUGAUCCACCAUGAUGUCAUACACAUUAAAACUUGCUAGUCGCCAUCUCA